GGGUUCACCAAUACGGCCAGAAUUUGGGAGAGAAACCUAUUGAGCAGGCAAAAGUCUGGGUAUCAUUCUUCGCGCCUCCCAAGUCCUUCAAAGAAGAUGCUAUACCAUGGCUCUGGGUCCUAUGGAAAUUGCAGAUGAGAUCGGAAUUCAAGAAACUAUCAUCGAUCAUCCAACGCCAAACACGGACUCCAAUUUCAUAUUGGCAAGACGGACCUGGAAAUACCUAUCACCUUCAGUUCCCAGAGCGAAUCUUAGAUCUACUUGAUCAAAGGCGUAUGGCGGUCUUGUCAAGAGUCUGGGAUACGAUGAAUUCCGAGAUGGAGUCGCAUCGACAGAACUACUUAGAGGCUACCACACGAGUACUUGACUCCGAUUAUUAUCCAUCUCGGCCAUAUUUGAUACAAAUCAUGACCUCCUCUCUCUCUUUUGGAUACCUGGCAUUGGAGAACGAUAGGUGGCUGACGCGCCAUAACCCAGGAGAAAACUCCCCGGAAUUCUCAGGAGUAAGUUUUGCCGACGUUAGCAAGUGUGUCCGGUCAAUGAUAGACCUGGGCCGCUGGAAGGUCUGUACGUUGUCAAUAGCGGACAGAAUGGGUGAAAUGGUGCCCAUGCUCACUACAGGAAUUCCGGUUGUAGGUCCUAGUCUGAACUGGGAGCGUUUACGCGGCCGCCCAAGGGAAGGGUUUAACGCCGAGCUUGCGGAGUUGAUUACAGAGAUUGAGAGGGAGGACUGGGGAAUCGAUCUGUCCCAAACUGUAUAAUUUCUGGUGUAUUUUCUG